AUGGCCUUGACUGCCCAACAGGUCAAGCUAGUCAGGGACACCAUCCCAGCUCUGACCGAGCAUGGAGAGCUCAUCGCCAGCACCUUUUACGGCAACAUGCUCCGAGCCCAUCCCGAGCUCAACGACUACUUCAACACGGUCAACAUGGCCAACGGCCGCCAGCCGCGCGCCCUCAUCGCCAUCAUCCUCAGCUUCGCCAACAACAUCACGCACAUCACCGAGCUGAUCCCCAAAAUGGAGCGCAUGUGCCAGAAGCAUUGCUCGCUGGGCAUCUUGCCCGAACACUACGACAUUGUGGGCAAGUAUCUCAUUGCCGCCUUUGGAGAGAUCCUCGGCCCGGCUAUGACUCCUGCGGUGCAGAUUGCCUGGAAUAAGGCAUACUGGGUGCUCGCAAAGAUGCUCAUCGGGCGAGAGGCCCAGCUGUAUCACGACUGGCAGCACUGGCAAGGCUGGCGGCGCUUCCGCGUCCAGCAACGGGUGGAGGAGUCCGACGACGUCUUCUCGUACUAUCUGGUUCCCGAGGACGGCAAGCUGCUGCCGUCGUUCAUGCCGGGCCAGUACGUCUCGGUGCGUGUCAUGGUGCCGGAGAUUGGAUACUGGCAGAACCGGCAGUAUUCCCUGAGCGAGCAGCCCAAACAAGAAUACUACCGCAUCACCAUCAAGCGUGAUCGAGGCGCUCAGACGGUCCGCCAGCCAAGCUAUCUGUGGUCUUCGUACGGCACGCAUCCCGGCGUCGUGUCCAACAUGAUCAUCGACCAGAAGAACGUCGGCGACAUCCUCGAGCUCACACACCCCGCGGGCGAAUUCUUCCUCGACACCUUCAGCACGGCCAACGCGCCACUCGUGCUGCUCUCCGCCGGCGUGGGCGUCACGCCCAUGGUGUCCAUCCUCAACGCCGUCAUCGAGAAGCAACCCAGCCGACCGAUAUCCUGGAUCCAAGGCUCACGCGACUCUGUCCCCUUUUACCUGCACGUCCGCAAAAUCGCCCGCGACAGGCCCAGCAUGAAGGUCAACAUCUUCAAGACGCAGCUUGCGGACUCGGACCUGGCGGGCAUCACGUACGACCACGAUGCCAAAAUUGAUCUUGAAAAGGUGCACAGGCAGGAUCUCUGGCUGGAAAACUCGGCCACGGAGUAUUUUGUCUGCGGGCCGGAGCAGUUCAUGAUGGAGAUGGCGAGGCGGCUGAGGGAGUUUGGCGUGAGUGGCGAUAGGAUCAAGCUGGAGCUGUUUAGCACUGGCGAUACAGAGUUCCAGGUUGAUGCUCUGAGUAUUGCUUCGGGACGGUCGUUGGGAGCGCCGAGAUCUGGAGUGGCUUCUGGAGCGGCAUCUACGAACAGCGGCGGCGAUUAG